AUGUCUAGCUCUCGCGGCACGCCGUCUACGUCGAAUACAGGUGAUGGCGACCUAGGCUUGUUCGCGAUGGAGUCCCGCUCACCGUCCGCCUCUUUCGACAAUCAAUAUGAAACGUGCGGUCGAGCCUCUGACCUCAGCGCCGUCCCCACCUACCCGAGUCCUACGCCAGCAGCUUUCUCAUCCAUCCCAACCGAUUCAUUGACUCCUCGUCAAACAGUACGAAGAAAGCCCAUUUCAAGUCAGGCAAUACCCGAAGCAGUUUCCGAUGAAUGCGUGCGAAUGCAGAGCAAUAACAACACCAACAUGCCCGCAUCCGACCCUGCGUCCAGCCUCACUCCAUCUGCCACUUCAUCUCGAUUUGGCGCACUUUCCUUGCAAGACGAACUCUUGCAAGAUUGCACCUCUGAAGGCAGCGUCCUUUCAUCGACCUCUCCUCGGGCCACCUCGGACCGUGAGAGUCAGCACCUUGCGAACAAUAGCAUCUCUUCUUCCAGCUCCAUCUACAACUCGGCCGCGGAGAGCCCAGCGUCCGAGUCUGCCAGGAGAGGUCUACCUGCCACCUCAGCCACAUUAUUGGCAGCAGUAGCAGCACUAGCAGAGUCAUCGCAGCCACCACUGCCCGCUUCGAACCCACCACCAGCAUCGGUAUCUCAGCAAAGCAUCGCCUCCAACUCCACCAUCAUUCAAGCACGAUUGCCAACCUCGCGCUCACUCACCUCGACUCUCUCUGCCAACCAACAGGCUAUGAGCGUAGAGCAGGAGCUCGAUGCAGACUUAGACACCAACUCUACCACUUCUCUCGUUGGGCAUGACUCGGAGCGAGCGCGCAACAGUUCUGUGGCAGCACGCACUUCUCGACGUAGUCGAAGAUCUGGUGUGCCAGCGUUGCAAAAUCGCCUCCCUGUGGGUGAGCGUGGACCAUUGGCACCGCCGCGCAACGCUUCUUUCCGUGACGCAUCGAAGCGACAGUCCGUCGGCACAGGGCAUGGGGAUCUCGGUGUGGAUGCAUACGGUACUUCUGGUGUUGGUCCUUCUUCUCCAUCAAUGACAAGCUUUCUCGAUCUUGACUCGCCAAGAACUUCAGAGUCCAGCCAUACAGGUCGAAACCCCAUUCCCAGUAGAAGAACUUCAUCCCACGCUCCGUCUCCGAGAACCGCCACAUUCCAAUUCGACCCAGCAAGUUCCGCUACCAGCACUCAGAAGAGCAGCACCGCGCCCGCGUCUGCUUCAGCUGCGCACCCGUUCAGCAGGAAAGCAUCAUCCAGACCAACUUCGAGCAGCAAAAAAGCAGCGCUCGCUCCCAUUCCACUGACAUCGACAAAAGCAGGAUCAUCUCAAGGUACAGCAUCGACAGCACCAACCAGUACCCCACUCAACCUCGACCGAGAAGCAAUGCAGCGUUGGGUCCUAUCCGUCGGCUGUGUCAACUUCGACCUCGAGCUCGGUCCCGAUCUUGAGUUCCUAUACCCUCCUCUUGGUAUCAGUAGGGAAGAGCGGGACAACAUUGCAUUCUCCUCUUUCCCGGACACGUCGAUCUUUGAUGAUGGUUCGUUAGUAUUCUCCUGGCGUGUGCGUGAGGUGCCGUUAGGCUCGUCUGGGUCGGAACCUCCGACUAUCAAGAGUCUGAACGAUGCAGCGCUGCAACAGUCGACAACACCAAAUUCUUUGGAUGAAGAGACGCCACGACCAUCGAUGAACAAGGCUGCAUUGCAGAAUGCGUUUGCAAAGGCACACGGGCAGAAGGCAGGCAAGAGAGGUAGUGGAGCGGACAGUCUUUCUGUGCAGACAUCGCCAAGUUCGCCGUCAACUUCAGGUUUCAGGGACUCUUCGGCGUCGUCUACGACCAGCUCGCAAGGGUUGUCGAGGCAAGCAUCAGAUGCGAACUUGCAGAAUGCAUUCGCGAUGGGAACAAUGCCCCCGACUACGUCAUUCCAUGAGAGGUUGACGCAGAAGCUCUUUUCAAGCUCAGGAUCUUGUUCGAUGGCACGCCAUUUCUCACAUGACCGACACAGCAGCACGCACUCCAUGAGCUCAGCUGCUUCUGCGGACGACGAAGGCGAAGCUGCCACCGCCACCAGAAACUCUUCUGCUGCCCAACCCGGCAGUGCGAUCACCUCCAACGCCUCACCGGCAGGUAGCUCCAUCCUCCAACCCACCAGCAGCUCUACAUCCACCGUGCCCACCACAACCUCCACCGGCAUCCUCGCCCCUAAACGCACCGGAGCAACCAACAGCACCAGCAGCAGCUACAUCUACGGUUACGUCUUCUUCCGUCAAAAACGCGACCCCACCAAUCGUCGUGGUUAUUUCCAGAAAUCUGUUGUCAUUCUCUCCCAUCUCCCCCUCGUCGGGCUCUUCAGCGAAGUAGUCGCCCGAUUAGGCCCGCUAUACUUCGAGCAUGGGAUGUCGAUGUUCGAAGCGUUCGCAAACGAUGUUAUGGCCUGGCCUCCCCCUCAACCGGGUACAAUUCUGACGCUGCCAUUGUUAGGAUCGAUCAUGACGGCAGCGAUACCAUUUGGGCAGCAACCGCAGAACUCGCCGAAUGCGGAAUUGGCGCCGAUGUUGACUUCGCUCUUGACCUCAUCGACUGGGUCUGGUAACGGUGGGUUUAGGAAUGCAGCUGCUACAAUGACUAUUCGGGCUCGGAGUAGGCAGGCUUCGGCGGGAGGUGGCAAUGGGAAUAGAGAGUUGCCCGAGCCACUGAUUGGACCGGAGGGGCCGCUGUUGGCGUCUAUUCCGGCGACGUCGUUGUUCGAGACUUUCAAAGAGGCGUUAGGGGAUCUGUGGUUAUUGUGGGAAUGCGUACUUCUCGCUGAACCGGUUCUGGUUAUUGCACCAGAACCAAAGAUUGCUAGUGAAACGGUGUGGCACAUGCUCGACCUAAUCCGACCAAUUCCCUACGCUGGAGACUUUAGACCUUACUUCCAUAUCCACGAUUACGAUUUCCGCACGCUAGUGACCAAGAACAAACCUCAGGCGGGGACAUUGAUCGCAGCUACCAACCCAUUCUUUGCCACCGCUUGCAGUCAUUGGCCUCAUAUGCUGAGGGUCGGGAAGGCGGCAGUGAAGCUAAUACAGAUCAAACAUAGUUCCGGUGGCAAUGGCGGAAGUGGUAUUGGUGGGGGGAAAAAAUUUGGUGGAGGAACACUUAUCGGAGGUGGAAUUGGUGGAGGUCACGGCGCAGGCGGUGGUGGACCGGACCAUAUCCCUGGGUUCACUACUAAACGCAAACGUAGGAUUAGCAAAGAUAGACAGCUUCUGAAACGUCUGCAGGACCUCGCUAGCUCAGCCGCUAAAGCCGGAGGCGAUGAUGUAGCAGUACAAGCAGCGGUAUCAGCAGCAAACGUUACUAUGAGGAGAUACUUUGCUGAUCUUACGGAGAGAUUCCUCUCGCCUCUCAACCGAUACGUUGCCUCUUUGGUACCUGCGAGCUUUGAUUUGAGCUCGCCUUCGGAGGUGCCGAAAAUUCGACCUUUUAACACGGUCGAUUUCCUAGCAUCUCUCAAAGCUCACGGCACUCCUUUGGCUAUUCGCUCACGAUCGCUUCCUACCGGUGCGAGUGUCAGACAAGGCUUAUACCUAGACUUCCUUAAAUGUCCCAACUUCUCCCUCUGGUUGCAUUCGAGGGUCGCAGCAGCAGAGGAGGAGCAAAGAAGACGAUACAUCGCUUCGUUGAUGCAGGGCGAUGUCACAGCCUUUGGACACAGCAGAGGCGAGAUAGAGACGAUAGAUCUCUAUGGCAGAUUGGUGGAAGAGAUCAGAUUGGUGGAUGUUCAGUUAACUGCUCCCACCGAGCCUGGCCCGGGAAGCAGGUGGAGGACUGACAAGCCGACCCCAAUUUCGAGUGGGAAUGUGAAGGGAAAGCAGGGAAGCGAGGCAGGAUCGGGUAGGAACACCCCCACAUGUCUCUUGACCUCAGCAGGCAACGCUACAACGACGGAGAAAAGACUGUUGAAUCAGAAGAAAAAGUUGAUGAUGCAGUUGGAUAAACUUUGUCAGACUUUACCUGAUGAUCUUAGGUCUAGUUUGAGGAGGCCCAACUAG